CACGAAAACAUGGCAUGUGCAAAAGUUAUCUCUCUGGCCAUCACUCCUGCUAAGGACACUGGGAAGGACAUGGUCAACGUAGCAGUCGAUCAAAAAAAAUUCCAGGGAAACUGCGCAACAGCCUGGGGCCGAGAAGCUAAACUUGGUCUUCUCCACCCUCGUCUCACUCGUUUUCCCCGAGACUUGGUACUAGGAGAUAGGACGGGAGUCUCCUACACGCAGGCAACACUUGCCACGAGCGGCUAGACUUGGGACAGGCAAGUUGCCCUGCCACCCUUCUAUCGCCCCCACCCCUCCUUUACUUAAGGGCGAUGGCAGAGACGUCCUCCUCCCCCUUCUCCUCCUCUUUGGUGCCUCCAGCCAGGAGGCGGGAGCGAUCCACAGCAGCUGACCCAGCUCAGGCACUGCCUCUCUCACAGCCCUCAAGACACACCAUGGGCCCAGAGGCAGGUUUGCUACACAGCAGCGACGACGCAGGCGGCGGCCCCGGCGACUCGCAACUGCCUCCCUGACCACAGCGACCACCGCCUAAUACCCCCGAGAAGCCAUCGCCACCACCGGCAGGAGAACCUAGGGUCCAUAAAGCCAUCUUCGCGAUCGACUAAAGCUACGUCAACAACUAUGGCGGGCGAGGGGCGGCGGGCGGAGGCGGUGCGGGAAGGAUGGGGUGUGUACGUCACCCCCAGGGCCCCCAUCCGAGAGGGAAGGGGCCGGCUCGCCCCUCAAAAUGGCGGCAGCAGCGAUGCGCCUGCGUACAGAACUCCUCCGUCGCGCCAGGGCCGGCGGGAAGUGAGGUUCUCGGACGAGCCGCCAGAAGUGUACGGCGACUUCGAGCCCCUGGUGGCCCAAGAAAGGUCCCCGGUGGGAAAACGAACCCGGCUAGAAGAGUUCCGGUCCGAUUCUGCGAAAGAGGAAGUGAGAGAAAGCGCGUACUACCUUCGGUCUAGGCAGCGGAGGCAGCCGCGACCCCAGGAAGCCGAGGAGAUGAAGACGCGAAGGACUACCCGUCUUCAGCAGCAGCACUCACAGCAGCCUCCGCUACAGCCGUCUCCCGUUAUGGCCAGGAGAGGGCUUCGGGACUCUCAUUCCUCUGAAGAGGAUGAACCAUCUUCCCAAACUGAUUUAAGCCAAACGAUCUCAAAGAAAACUGUCAGGAGCAUACAAGAGGCUCCAGCAGUGAGUGAAGAUCUUGUAAUCAGCUUACGUCGACCCCCUCUAAGAUACCCAAGAUCUGAAGCCACCAGUGUCCAACAGAAGGUCAAUUUCUCUGAAGAAGGAGAAACUGAAGAUGAUGAUCAAGACAGCUCUCACAGCAGUGUCACUACUGUUAAGGCCAGAUCCAGGGAUUCUGAUGAAUCUGGAGAUAAUACCACCAGAUCAUCUAGUCAAUAUGUAGAAUCAUUUUGGCAGUCAUCACAAAGUCGAAACUUCAUAGCUCAUGAUAAGCAACCUUCAGUGCUGAGCUCAGGAUAUCAAAAAACUCCCCAGGAAUGGGCCCCACAAACUGCAAGAAUAAGGACCAGGAUGCAAAAUGACAGCAUUCUGAAAUCAGAGCUUGGAAACCAGUCACCAUCAACCUCCAGCCGACAAGUGACUGGACAACCCCAAAAUGCAUCUUUUGUCAGGAGGAACUUGUGGCUACUUCCUCUGAUAGCUGCUCUUGCCUCUGGGAGUUUUUGGUUCUUUAGUACUCCUGAGGUAGAAACCACUGCUGUUCAAGAGUUCCAGAACCAGAUGAAUCAACUUAAGAAUAAGUACCAAGGUCAAGAUGAGAAGCUGUGGAAAAGGAGCCAAACAUUCCUGGAAAAACAUCUUAAUAGCUCCCAUCCUCGGUCUCAGCCUGCUAUCUUGCUGCUCACCGCUGCCCGAGAUGCUGAAGAAGCACUUAGGUGUCUGAGUGAACAAAUUGCUGAUGCCUAUUCUUCUUUUCGUAGUGUCCGUGCCAUCCGGAUUGAUGGGACAGAUAAAGCUACUCAAGACAGUGAUACUGUCAAACUAGAGGUAGACCAAGAACUGAGCAAUGGAUUUAAGAACGGCCGGAAUGCAGCUGUGGUACACCGCUUUGAGUCAUUGCCCGCAGGCUCUACUUUGAUCUUCUACAAAUAUUGUGACCAUGAAAACGCAGCCUUCAAAGAUGUAGCCUUAGUCCUGACUGUCUUAUUGGAGGAAGAGACACUUGGAACAAGUCUAGGCCUAAAGGAAGUUGAAGAAAAAGUAAGAGAUUUUCUUAAAGUCAAGUUCACCAAUUCUAACACACCCAACUCCUACAAUCAUAUGGAUGCAGACAAACUGAAUGGCCUCUGGAGCCGUAUUUCUCACUUAGUUCUGCCUGUGCAACCUGAAAAUGCCCUGAAAAGGGGUAUCUGCUUAUAAGAAGUGAGAGAGAAGAAAAAUCAUGUCCCAAGUUCUGAGAAUUGUUCACACUUUCUAACCAGAGAGAGAAUUCAGAGCUCUUUUUGAAAGAACUAGUUUCUUUUUAAAGGAAGUUAAGUUCUUACAUAAACAUGGAACAUAUAAAUCAUUCAUUCAACCUAAUUAUCUGUGAUAUGAGAGAAUCAUUUCAGUUUCCAUUGAGAGCUGUGUUAAAGGUAUCUUAGGAGUGCAGAUUAUAUGCAGUUCCUUAGAGAAUCUGUUUUGAUUCUGGGCUGAGUUAUUACAGUUAUGGUAUGACCAGUGAGGGGGAUUUGUCUCCUUUCUUAUGAACCUUCCUGAUUUUUUAACUUAGAUUUCUCACUAAGUUUCUUGAGUUAUUAGUAAGAUUGCUCCCUAAAUGUAACUCUGGAUUUUCCCAUUAUGUUCCCUUUUAUACCAUUUAGGUGUGAGUUCCUUAGCUUCUGCCUAUAGGAACAUAAGUAAUGAAAGGUCAUCUAGGUGUGUGUUUGGAAUUUUUUUCUUUUGUUUUUUGGAAGAUGGAAAGAACAAGGCAAGCAAGGAGAAAUUAAUGGGGAAGCUGAAGGGAGGAAAUGUUACAGUAAUCCACUGAGAUGUAGUUUAGUCAAACAUAGGUAUAUGAACUGUUAAUCUUGGUGGAUUCUGUUGGGAUUUGUUUUUUACAUCUCCUUUUUCCUUCCUUGAAGAAAAAUUCUUGGCCCUCCCAAGGAUUCUUCAUGUAUAUUGCAAAAUUUAAUAUAUUUGUUCACUUGAGUCUUAAGAGUAGGUCAGGCCAAGGCAGGUGGAUCACCUGAGGUCAGAAGUUCAAGACCAGCCUGGCCAACAUGGUGAAACCCUGUCUCUACUAAAAAUACAAAAAUUAGCUGGGCGUGGUGGCACACGCCUGUAAUCCCAGCUACUUGGGAGGCUGAGGCAGGAGAAUCACUUGAACCCGGGAGGCGGAGGUUGCAGUAAGCCAAGACCAUGCUUAUUGCCCUCCAGCCUGGGCAACAAAAAUGAAACUCCGUCUCAAAAAAAAAAAAAAGAGUAGGUCAGUUCGUAACAGUUUAUUUUGGACACAUCCUGAAGCUUUUGUUCUGAAUUAAGAAAUAGAGUUUCAGGAAUUGACAAACCAUUUGUUAACCAGCUGUCCUGGGCUAUUGAAGAAGAUUUCAUUUUCCGCGCAUCCACUUGUUGCAGUCCAAGUCCUCUGGUGCAACGCCAUAGCAAAUAUAAAGAUUUACUAUGCACGUGAUACAUUUUAUGGAGUGCCUCAAGCCAAGAUAGUGAACUUAUAUGAAGGGUGUGAAAUGUAUUUCUUUACUACGAUAGUAGUUUAGUUAUAACUUUGCAUCUAUAAUUGAGCUUUCUCAUCUGUCAAAUGCUAUGGUUUUCUUAAAAUGUUACAAUUCUAGAUGUAUCCACCUUGUUUUUUUAUUGUCCACAAACCAUUAAAUGUAAAUAUUAUUUUUAGAGAGAGUCAGUCAUUGGCUUUGUCAUUUACCCUUUGAGAGUUCCACAAGUGGUAGUAGAGUGAUCUAACGUCUUUCCUCUAGUACUACCAGUAUUCAUAAAUGUAUACCCCUUACUGUAAUUUGUUCCUCUUAGAAGUCAGAUCAUCUGAUUUAUAAAGGAUUAUGAAAACCAGAGUUUUUGAAAAGGCUUAUUUUAUACAUACAUAUUAUAUAGAGAAACAAAUGUUUUUAUUAAAUGUUUCAUUGACCCAAGUAAUUUAAAAGUAAUAUGUUACCUAUGUCUUUCAGGAAAAAUAAUUAUAGCAGCUGAUCUGUAAAUGACUUUAAAAGCUAUUUUAGUAAUUUAAAUAAAUUUACUUUCUUGGUUUGUACUCUC